CGCGGUUUUGCCGCAACUUCAGAUUCCACUAAAAUCGGAACUUCCACACUCUCUCGGCCAAUCCGCCGCCGACACACACUUACCGACACCAAUGUCUUCUCCGGCGACUCUUCCCGUCACCAACCAGCAAGCUUCUUCUCAGUCUCAGCCGCCGAUCAACUCUCACGCCUUCCGUUCUUUCCUCUCGCGCCUCUCCUCCUCUCUCCGCGAUAGCCUCUCACAACGCCGUCCAUGGAUGGAGCUCGUAGAUCGGAGCUCAUUCGCCAGACCUGACUCUCUCACCGAUUCAUUUUCCCGGAUCCGUAAGAAUCUCGCCUACUUCAAGGUCAAUUACGCCGCAAUCGUCUCCCUCGUGCUCGCGUUUUCCCUCCUCUCGCAUCCUUUCUCCCUCCUCGUCCUCCUCUCUCUCCUUUGCUCCUGGAUGUUCCUCUACCUCUUCAGAUCUUCAGAUCAGCCUUUGGUUCUCUUUGGCCGUGCUUUCUCCGAUCGAGAGACCCUGCUCGCUCUUGUUCUGACGACGAUUGUAGUCGUGUUUAUGACGAGUGUUGGAUCCUUGUUAACCUCGGCUCUGACGAUUGGAGUCGCGAUUGUUUGCUUACACGGUGCUUUUAGGGUUCCUGAUGAUCUGUUCUUGGACGAACAAGAGCCUUCUAAUGCCGGAUUACUCUCGUUCAUCGGUAAUUCCGCUGCUACUUCCGCUGCUGCUUCCGUUGUCGCUGGACGAGUUUGAGAGAUGGAUUUGAUGAUUCUUCAUUCGCAGUGGUAAAACUCUGUGUCAUGUUUUGAGUAUAGAUUCGAUAUUGGAAGCUCUGUGCAUUGCUCUGUUGUAUUUCUUCGAUUUCGUUAAAGUUUUAGAAAUCUGGAGCUGAUCCUUUCUCAAUUAUUCCCACAUUGUAAGAUCACAUUUACCUUUAAAAAGUUUGAUACUUUGAGCUCA